CACGCGGGGAGUGGUCUCGCGGUACCAUAGAGGCGAGGGCACUACGGAGAGCGUAAAGGGGAAGCGGAAGCGCGCGCGGGUCGCGAUGAGGCGGCUGAGGUGGCAGCGGUUGGAGCGCGGCCGGGCGGGACCCGCUGCUUCCCCCCGCGCUCCCGGCACGGACACACCGGCUGCCGCCGGCCUGCGGGUGAGGGAGCCCCGGCGCCGCUGACCCGCGCCGCCCGAACGUCCCGCGCCGGAGAUGUCGUGCGGCCGCCCGCUUCCAGAGCGCUGGAGCGGCCCCGUGAGCCCGCCCCGGCCGUAGCGGGACUGCGGCCGCCGUCGCUCGGACCACCCCGCGGCUGGACACCGCCUCGCCGCCAUGCGCCUGGCUGCGCUGCUGGCCGCGCUGCGGCCCGUGCUGCCGCUCGUCCUGGGCCUCUCCCUCGGCUGCAGCCUGAGCCUGCUGCGCGCUUCCUGGAGCCAGAGCGGUGGUGAGGACCAGUGCCUGGGGGGGAUCGGCCGCCCCGGGCCCCUCGCCGGCGGAGUCCGUCCGGAAGCAGCAGAUGGAAGGCUGGGCCCGGGCCAUGAGGACUUCAGGCCUAGGAUUGUUCCGUACUACAGAGACCCCAACAAGCCUUAUAAAAAAGUGCUCAGAACUCGUUACAUCCAGACAGAAUUGGGAUUCCAUGAAAGACUCUUUGUGGCUGUGCUGACCUCCAAGGCUACCCUGAAUACGUUGGCAGUGGCAGUGAACAAGACAGUUGCCCAUCACUUCUCACGCCUGCUGUACUUCACAGGGUUGCGCAGUGCCAAGGUGCCUCAUGGCAUGGUGCUGGUAGCCCAUGGGGAUGAGCGUCCCAUUUGGCUCAUGUAUGAGACCAUGAACUAUAUCCAUCAGCAUUUUGGUUCUGACUAUGACUGGUUCUACAUCAUGCAGGAUGACACCUAUGCCCAGGCCGAACAGGUCAAGGCUAUGGUGACACACCUAAGUAUUAACCAAGAUGUCUAUCUGGGACGAGCAGAGGAGUUUAUCGGGGGGGAUGAGCAGGCCCGCUAUUGUCAUGGUGGCUUUGGCUACCUGAUCUCCCGCAGCCUGCUGCUUAAGCUCCAUCCACACCUGGACAGCUGUCGCAAUGAGAUCCUUAGUGUGCGGCCAGAUGAGUGGCUGGGACGGUGCAUCAUCGACUUCCUUGGCAUCACGUGUGUUUCCCAGCUCCAGGGCCAGAAUUAUCACACCUAUGAACUGGCCAAAAAUACUGAGCCAGAGAAGGAGGAAGAAGAGGAGUUCCAAGCAGCUCUUGCUGUGCACCCUGUUUCUGACGUGACCUUGAUGUACCGGCUGCACAAGCACUUCAGCAGGAUCCAGCUUGACAGAGCCUACCAGGAGAUCCAGGACCUCCAGAUGCAGAUCAGGAACCUGACAUCAUUGACCCCUUCAGGUGAGGUGGGCUUGACUUGGCCUGUGGGCAUUAAUGCCCCCUUUCUUCCAAAGUCACGUUUUGAGGUAAUCAGCUGGGACUACUUCACCGAGCAGCACCUCUUCUCCUGUCCUGAUGGCUCCCCCAAGUGUGAACUCUCUGGAGCCAGCAAAGCAGAUGUCAGUGAAAUCAUUGAGUCUGCACUCGAGCAACUUAACAGUCGCUACCAGCCUCUGCUCCGCUUCAGCAAGCGGCAGUUGCUGAAUGGUUAUCGGCGUUUUGACCCUACACGGGGCAUGGAAUAUAUGCUGGACCUACUGCUGGAGGCAGUGACCCAAAAGGGCCACAGUCAUGUUCUAGCCAAACGAGUAAGCUUGGUGCGGCCCUUGAGUAAGGUGGAAAUUAUUCCCAUGCCAUAUGUGACAGAGGCCACACGGGUGCAACUGGUGCUUCCCUUGACAGUGCAGGACCUGGAUUUUGUGGCAAACUUCCUGGAUAUGUUUGCUAUGAACACACUGGACACACAUGAUAAUGCCUUGCUGACUUUGCUUUUUAUCUACCAUCCCUAUGAUGCCCAGCGUGUCAAUCAGGUGGAUGUUUUUGCUGGAGUCAAAGCCAUGGUAGGAGAGCUGGAGAAACGCUAUGCAGAAGUUAAAAUCCCCUGGAUUAGUGUUAAAACUGCGGUGCCAUCGCAAGUGAAACUCAUGGAUAUAGUCUCAAAGAAGCACCCUGUGGAUACACUGUUCUUCUUGGCCAGUGUCUGGACAGAAAUCAACAUGGAGUUCCUGAAUCGCUGCCGCAUGAAUACUAUCAGCAAUUGGCAGGUCUUUUUCCCAGUGCACUUCCAAGAGUUCAACCCUGCAUUGGUGUACCGUGGUGAGCAGACUGCUUCCUCCAGCACUGACUUCCUGAGGGAUGGACAUUUUGACAGGCAUUCCUUUGCUGAGGCUUGCUUUUAUAAUUCUGACUACAUGACAGCACGUACCAAGCUAGCAGCUGAUAUCCUAGACCGAGAUGAGGUGCUGGAGAGCAUGGAGGUAUUUGAUGUCUUCCUCCACUAUUCUGGUCUGCACCUAUUCAGGGCUGUAGAGCCAGGGUUAGUGCAGAAAUAUGCACUGAGGAGCUGCAAUCCCCGGCUUAGUGAGGAGUUAUACCACCGCUGCGUGCUUAGUAACUUGGAAGGACUUGCAUCCCGCUCACAUUUAGCCAUGGCCCUCUUUGAGCAGGAGCAGGCCAACAGCACUUGAGAGACUAGAAACAUCAAGAGCUUCUCAGCACCUUAACACUUGGCACUUUCCAUCCCCUUCCCAGCCUUGCCAUGGGUGAAGGGCAUGUGCUGUCCAGGGAGGAGGAGGAGGACUUUCCCAGCCCUGCUCUGAGGCACAGGCAUGGGCUGCAGAGAGGCUGUUUCUCUGAGGGGUUUGUGUUGGUUGUUUUUUGACUUGUUUUUGGUUUGUUGGUUUGUUGUUUUUAUUUCCUGGGUUUUGAAUAAAUAAGUUUCUUUCCAGGCAG